AUGCUAGAGGUUGGAGUAGCAGCGGGAGCAGCAGUAGCAGCAGCAGCAGCAGCAGCAGCAGCAGCAGCAGCAGCAGCAGCAGCAGCAGCAGCAGCAGCAGCAGCAGCAGCAGCAGCAGCAGCAGCAGCAGCAGCAGCAGCAGCAGCAGCAGCAGCAGCAGCAGCAGCAGCAGCAGCAGCAGCAGCAGCAGCAGCAGCAGCCUCAGCAGCAGCAGCAGCAGCAGCAGCAGCAGCAGCAGCAGCAGCAGCAGCAGCAGCAGCAGCAGCAGCAGCAGCAGCAGCAGCAGCAGCAGCAGCAGCAGCAGCAGCAGUAGCAGCAGCAGCAGCAGCAGCAGCAGCAGCAGCAGCAGCAGCCACAGCAGCCGGAGCAGCCUCCGGCCCCUUCUCCUCCGUCUCCCCCUCCUCUCACCCACACUUGGACCUCUCGUCCUCCUCAUGCUCGUCCCUGAUCACCUGUCACUGA